CAAGUAUAUAUGCCAUUGGCAGUUGGCGAUUUAGCUUCAUUCGGCGCUCGACGUUCUCAGCAGUUUGAUCCGGCGGCGGUGGCCGGCUACCAAAACUUAACCAAGUAGCUCCAAGUAACUCUACUCCAAGUACCAAAAUAACAAAACUGACAGCUGUCGACUGCCACCGGCGGACCCAUAACAAAAGCCUCCAAAAUGGCCUUCAUGCCGUGCUUCUAUGUGCCCAAGAGGGUCAACUUGGCCAUCAUGCUGUUCAUGGCUUGUCUCCUCAGCUACAUGAUGAGGGUGAAUCUCUCCAUCAACAUCAUUGCCAUGGUGGACACUAGCAGUAACGAUAAUGGCACCACGGAGGUCCUCCCAGAUUACGGACCUCGGUACAAUUGGACUCAAUCGGACCAGGCCCUGCUGUUGGGUGCCUAUUUUUAUGGCUACAUGAUCACUUCCCUGCCCGCCGGAACCCUGGCCGAAAUGCUGGGAGCCCGGAAUGUGGCAGGAUACAGCUGCUUGGUGGCCGGCAUCCUCACAGCCUUAACUCCGGCGGCCGCUGCCUGGGACAAGUAUGCAGUGUUUGCCGUCCGCUUCCUGAUCGGCUUCCUCAACGGAGUGGUGUAUCCCUGCUGCCAUAGCCUGGUGUCCAAAUGGUCGCCGCCGGACGAGAAGGGCAAGUUUGUGGCCUCGCUUAUGGGCGGCACCUUUGGCACGGUCAUUACGUGGCCCAUCAGUGGAGUGAUCAUCGAGAACCUGGGCUGGAGAUGGGCCUUCUACGCCGUGGGCAUAUUCGUCCUGAUUGUGGUGGCCGUGUGGUUCUAUCUGGUGGCCGAUACUCCUGCCCAGCAUACGUCAAUCAGCCUCAAGGAGAGGGAAUACAUUGAAAAUAGCUUGGGCAACACCCUCAGCAACAAGAAGAAAUGGCCUCCAUACAAGGAACUGGUUCUUUCGCUGCCCUUCUGGUCCCUGUUAUUCCUCCACUACGGCAGCAUGUGGGGUCUGUUCUUCCUGAUCACCGCCACUCCCAAGUUCUUGAGCGAGGUCCUGGGCUUCAAUCUCUCCUCCGCCGGUUUCCUAUCAAGCUUGCCACAUGUGGCACGUCUGCUCUGCGCCUUUGGAUUCGGAGCAGUGGCGGAUUGGAUUCGUAGCCGGGGCUGGUUGACGGUCACUAAAAUGCGCAAGGCCUUCUGCUUACCAUCUCACAUCUUGCCAGGUGUUAUGCUUAUUAUUCUGGCUUACUUCGGACGAGAUCCUUACGUUUGUGUGGCCAUUAUGACCAUUUCGCUGGGAUUCAACGGAGCUGCCACUGCCUCCAACUUGGCCAACUCCCAGGACUUGGCACCUAACUAUGCGGGUACUCUAUAUGGAAUCAUUAACUGCAUUGGAACAACGCCAGGAAUUUUCUCGCCCUUGAUUGUGGCAGCCUUUACAAAAGAAGAGAACACCAUCGAUCAGUGGCAUUGGGUCUUCAUCAUUGGAGCUGCUGCCUACAUAUUGCCCGCCCUCUUUUUCUGGGUCUUUGGCUCUGGCAAGAUCCAGAAGUGGAACGAAGUGGAGACCACAGAGUCGCGAGAGGAUAUUGUCAACACAAAGUUGUAGUUUGUGUCCUGGCAGUCACCUGUGAUGUUUUAUGUUUAGUAUUAUGCCAUAACUAUGAAGUGCGCUUGUUUUUGGAGAGUCCUAUUAAAGCUUUAGCCUUGUAUUUAUUAUUAAUAAAUAUAAUUUGUUGUUAUUUAGCACA